CCAGGGGCAACCACAAUACCGAAAUUUCAUCAAAAAAGUGGACGUUGUAGAAAAACAGGAGACGUCGUCCGUAUACUAAAUAGGAGCUCUCACCGACAAAAGGAGUUUUUAAGUUCGCUUUUCGCCACUGCAAGAAUUUGAGAGCAGGAUGAGAGUCUUGUUUGCUGUUACCGUUAUGCUGAUGGCUAUGCUGAUAGGUUCGGCCUCAGCACUGAUUAAGGAAAAACUUUUGAUUAGAGGAGCAGCUGCGGGAGCUGCCGGUGCAGUUGGUGCCGCUGGAGGAUUUCUAGCCGGAUCUGCCCUUCCGGGACUUCUACACCACCGCUCCGCUCCAGUGCACCACGUAAAACACGUUAAACAUAUACAUAUCCAUCCGGAACCUUCUAUCAAGGUCAUCCAUGAGCCCAUCAAGGUCGUGCAUGCCCCCGUCGAACACGGAUGGAAUCAGGAAUGGUAGAUAGUUGAUUUGUCGCUGCUUCGCUAUGCGUACGCUGAACGUGUUGCCAUCAGUUGCGACCUGUGUUUCCAAUCGUAAUUGUAGCUUUCCUUGUCUGGUUUUGCCAAUUCUCCACAUACGCAAAGCCACUGGCCAGCUCUUGUACAUGUCGAUCAAACGUAACCUGUAUAGUUCGUUUUGUUGUCUGUGUUAAAUGUUCCAAAUUGGGAAGAGCAAGAAGGACGUUGUCAUGCUGUACAUAGUAACGAGUAAUUGAAAACGGUUUGUAUGUGAGUAAAUUUGUACAUACUUGUUUAUAACUCCACAGUCCAAUAUAAUGGACGUUUUUUUUUGUUAUGUCCUUUCGUGUUUUCAAAUCUGUCUGACUAGAAGUUGUCAAUAAAAUGCGUGCUUAUACCAUAAUA